AAUGGAAGUGUGCUUACAUCACCACCCAUACACCCCCUUUCACUCCGCAGUCAUGGCCGCCAUCGGUACCUUCAACGAGGAGGGCGAGAACGUGGACCUCUACAUCCCGCGCAAGUGCCACGCGACCAACGCGCUGAUCGAGGCCCACGACCACGCAGCCGUGCAGAUCGCCAUCGCGAACGUCGGCCCGAACGGCGUGAUCAACGGCACGACGACGACGCUGUGCAUCAACGGCUACCUGCGCGCGCAGGGCGAGUCGGACCACGCGAUCAACCACAUCGCGGUGGACCGCGGCAUCGUGCGCAUCAAGAGCGGCAAGCCGAAGCGCGUGUCGAAGGCGAAGGGGAAGAAGCCCGUCGCUGCCAAGGGUGCCGCGGCUGCGUCCGCGCAGAAGAGGGGCCAGAAGGGUGGUGCUGCCGCUGGUGGACGUCCUGCUGCUGCCCAGAAGGGUGCGAGGGACGCCGCCCGCCCGGCCCAGAAGGGUCGUGCGCCGGCUCAGAAGGGUGCUGCCCCUCCGCGCAGGAACAAGGCUUAAGAAUGCCGCUGCGCAGUCAUGUUUUUGAUGUUCCUCUCUGUGCGGUCAACUUUUGCCGUUCCUGUCUCCUCUAACCUCGCCUCUUCUUUUUCUUCUUUCUCUUCUUCCGUGUGUGUAUGUGUGAUCAAAGCCGUGCUGCUUCGCGCAUUGGCCUGGCGCACUGAGAUUCCAAAGAUGAAAAGAAGAGGUGAGAAGGGGAUCGAGCGUGGAAGCCACCCGGUCACCUCCACGAUGCGAAGAGUGCUGUUCCGACUGUUGCUCUUCCACCCAUUUGUGCACACACACACACAGCUUUCUCAUACGUAAGCGGAACGACUCGCGUGCUUUUGGCGGUCGUGUGUGUGUGUGUGUGAGUGAGGUGGAAGGAGUUUUCCAAGAAACACAGCGCGACGCCUCUUUCUGCAACGUGUGAGCGUGAUUCCCCCGUGUCUCUUUGACCUCCUUCUCUCUCUCUCUCCUCCCCAACUCGCGGGUUUACAUGCGCGGUACUUCAUUGCCCACGGGGAUGUGUGUGUCGGUGCAGUAUUCGAUACGACGGGAGGAGGGGGAGGUCACUGACAAGACAGUUCCGAUCAUCCAACCCACAACUUCUGGCGCGCUCCUACCAAAUAUGUUCCUUCAUCGCUUCUGACAGCUUUUUUUUAUCUGUCUUCUUCUAUCUAUCUAUCUUUUUUUUUUAGAAAGAAAGAAGCGUGACGGUGAAGAUCAUCAUUAUGUAGGGGCAACACCAGCGUCGUGGGUGAUGCAACGUGAAGUCUCCCAGUGCCUUUGUUGUUCUCUCCUUUUUCACUUGCUGCGUACGAAGCCAAAAGAGACCGUUUGUGUUGUAUUCGCCUUGGAUAGGGGGGUAAGCAUACACUUACUUGACCAAUACUUUUCCUUUCAGUGAUUUCUCCGUGCGUUGACUGUCUCCUUUGGGAGCGUUCUGCUACCAGAGAGCAGCAAGGCUUUGUGUUUGUAAAAAUUC